CUCUCUCCUGCCCUGGGUUUCCUCCAGCAGCUGUUGCCCUGCUUCAGCUGUCUCUGUGCCUUGGCUUUGGUUGGCAUCCUUCCAGCCGCAGCUUCUGGGAGGGGAGCAGUCAUCAGCUGCCUCCAAUCAUCUCUAGGUUUGGCUGUACAUUUGGAUCACCCUUCUCUCAUUCAGACUUUUUUUGGGUAGCAGGUGAGACUGAACUUGGAAGGAAGACAGACUUUUUGGAUUAAGACUGAAAACUCAGGUUCAAACCACUAUGAUGACCUCUGGGAGUUGCCAAACUGCCCCCAUUAUUGCCUUGUUCUGUGUCACAGCAGGUUUCAGAUAGAACCAGGAUGUAGUUUUCUAUGUUGUAAAUCAGAGGGCAAUGCCAGGAAGCUGGUGAAGGCUUUUCUCUCCUCCUCUGCCAUGGAUGACAGCGUGAAGUAUGAAGUGGCCCCCCAGCAAGAUGGGGCUGUCUCCCCUUUGGCUGAUGGAGCCGGCCCUGGGUCCCAGCAGGUAAAGCUGAAGAAGGAGAUCUCACUGCUUAAUGGCGUGUGCCUGAUUGUGGGGAACAUGAUCGGCUCCGGCAUCUUCGUCUCCCCGAAAGGCGUGCUCAUGUACAGUGCCUCCUUUGGCCUCUCUCUGGUCAUCUGGGCUGUCGGAGGCCUCUUCUCUGUCUUUGGGGCCCUCUGUUAUGCAGAACUGGGCACCACCAUUAAGAAAUCUGGGGCCAGCUAUGCCUAUAUCCUUGAGGCCUUCGGGGGACUCCUUGCCUUCAUCCGACUCUGGACCUCCCUCCUCAUCAUCGAGCCCACCAGCCAGGCCAUCAUUGCCAUCACUUUUGCCAACUACAUGGUGCAGCCCCUCUUCCCGAGCUGCUUCGCCCCCUAUGCUGCCGGCCGCCUGCUGGCUGCUGCCUGCAUCUGUCUCUUAACCUUCAUCAACUGUGCCUAUGUCAAGUGGGGAACGCUGGUACAAGAUAUUUUCACCUAUGCUAAAGUAUUGGCUCUGAUUGCGGUCAUCAUUGCAGGCAUCGUUAGACUUGGCCAGGGAGACUCCACUCACUUUGAGAAUUCAUUUGCGGGUUCAUCAUUAGCAAUGGGUGACAUUGCCCUGGCACUCUACUCAGCCCUGUUCUCCUAUUCUGGCUGGGACACCCUCAACUAUGUCACUGAAGAGAUCAAGAAUCCUGAGAGGAACCUGCCGCUCUCCAUUGGCAUUUCCAUGCCCAUUGUCACCAUCAUCUACAUCUUGACCAAUGUGGCCUAUUACACUGUUCUGGACAUGAGGGACAUUCUGGCCAGUGAUGCUGUUGCAGUGACUUUUGCAGACCGGAUUUUUGGAAUCUUCAACUGGACAAUUCCACUGGCAGUUGCAUUAUCCUGUUUUGGUGGUCUUAAUGCCUCCAUUGUGGCUGCUUCUAGACUUUUCUUUGUGGGCUCAAGAGAAGGGCAUCUCCCUGAUGCCAUCUGCAUGAUCCAUGUUGAGCGGUUCACACCAGUGCCUUCUCUGCUCUUUAAUGGUGUCAUGGCACUGAUCUACUUGUGUGUGGAAGACAUCUUCCAGCUCAUUAACUACUACAGCUUCAGCUACUGGUUCUUUGUGGGGCUCUCUAUUGUGGGUCAGCUUUAUCUGCGUUGGAAAGAGCCUGAUUGGCCACGUCCUCUCAAGCUCAGCCUUUUCUUCCCCAUUGUCUUCUGCCUCUGCACUAUCUUCCUGGUGGCUGUUCCGCUUUACAGUGAUACUAUCAACUCCCUCAUCGGCAUUGGCAUUGCCCUCUCAGGCUUGCCUUUUUACUUCCUCAUCGUCAGAGUGCCAGAACACAAACGACCUCAUUGCCUCCGAAGACUUGUGGCGUCUGCCACAUGGUACCUCCAGGUUGUAUGUAUGUCAGUUGCUGGAGAGAUGGAUUUGGAAGAUGUGGGAGAGAUGCCCAAGCAACAAGAUCCCAAAUCUAACUAAAUACCACUUCGAGUCCUGGGAUGUAGAAAGCAGGGGCUUCUUGUCUCCUACUGGCUGGAACCAAGGAAGUUAAAAGGAUAGAUCACUUCUUUGGAGGAACCUAUCCAGAAACCUGGUCUAGGCAGCUUCAACAACCUCUGAACUUGCUUUUGAGAUAUGGAAAGUAAUUUAUUUGUUUUGCUACAUAUUGUUCAGGUUUUUUAAAAGGAUGGUAAUGCAGACUGGUGGGAAGUAUGUCAGAUGUGGGUUUGCUUGUUCUAGUAGCACAUUUCCAGGUGUUAAGAUAAUCUUUCACUCUGGGUUGUGCCUACCCUCACGUUUUUCCCUUUAAAAUGGCCAGUAAUGCUCCAAACUUCCUGUCUCCUUUAGAGAGACAUGAAACUGUCAUAGGUGCUAAACAAUAAAAGAGAUA